GGCUCAAAUAAAUAUCCUACAACUGUAUGUGCUUACCACGUUGAUGACAUCAUCCGACCUAACCCAGAAUGUUAGAGCUGCAUGCAAGGGCUUGUGAAACAGUGGGCUGACUGGAUGACAGUAGGAGGGGUCGGGAGCUACCAAUAAAAGCAUUAUACUCUUGGAUUAAUUUACUUUGAAACAUCAGGGAUAUAAACAACCCCUUUCUUUACACACUGAGAACAAGAGAACAACAAAAACAGAGAUUUACGUGAUGCCUAUAGCUGGAGCCAUGUCCCACAUAAUACCCAAUCACAUUUUGAGGGUGGGUCAGAGUACCUGCCUGGACUCUGCUCAUAAGGUGGCUCUGGGGUGCAGUCCGAGCGCCAUGAUGGACCCCAACGGGAGUUGCAGUGAACAGGACGACCUGGACGUCUCCCUAGAUAACCUGAACCAGCUCAUUCUGGAACUGGACCCCACGUUUGAGCCCAUCCACUUCAACAAGAGGUCCCAGUCCAGCAGCCUCCACACAGAUGACUUCUCUCCAGAUGAAGACGUCUCCAACUGUGUGCUGGUCCCCAGAGACUGUUCUCCAAGGAACCUCUCCACCUCCUCCUUCUCCUUCUCCUCCGUCUCCCCCUCCUGCAGCAUUCCCAUCCCACUGUCCUCUGCUUCUGGCUCCAGGUGCAGCCCCCAAAGCUCCCUGGUGUUCUCUGAUGCCUCCUCUCGCCCCCCACUGCCGUGUGGAAGUAUCGUCCGCCGGCGGCUGCCCUCAAUGCAGGGAGGCGAGGUGGGCAUGUGUUCAUCCCCGGUCACCCUGCGCAUGUCACACUCUCACAGGAACAGUGCCGUCUCGAUGAUCUCCACGUCGCCCGGCUCAGAAACCAGUUACAUGAUGGGCAGCUAUCAGUCCUUGCUCAGUGACAGUGAAGGCGACAGCCCCGAGUCUCUCCUCCUCUACCGCACAUCCAGCUCCUACAGCGACGUGUCCAGGUCCUCGACCAGGCCGUUCACCAACAAGCCCUCGCCGACCGGCCCAUCACCACUCGGCCACUUCCAGGGGAUCCACAGCAGCCCUGCCUCCCUGGCCGGUUCACUGACAGACAUCCCUGUGGUGUUGGUCAACGGAGCUCCAGAGCGGGAGCUCAGCCCCCAGUCACCUCCAGAGGCAAUGGUCCCAGACAUACAGAUCAAGCAGAGGCCCAGCUCCAGGCCAUCCUUGCCAUCUCCCUCUCACUCUUUACAAGGCCAUUUCCAAGGCAACCAGCACUCCAUGAAGUUUGUCAUGGACACCUCUCAGUUCUGGUUCCGCCCACACAUCAACAGAGUUCAGGCUGAGGCCAUAGUGAUAGAUAAGGAGCCGGGGACCUUCGUGGUGAGAGACAGCACAUCCUUCAGAGGCUCCUUUGGGCUGGCUAUGAAGGUGGACCAGGUGCCCGUCAAUAUAUCCCCUACUGGCCAACCAGCGGAGGGCAGCUCAGAUCUCGUGAGGCACUUUCUCAUUGAAUCGUCGGCCAAGGGCGUCCGUAUCAAGGGCUCCUCACAUGAACCAUACUUUGGUAGUCUGUCUGCCCUGGUCUUCCAACACACCGUCACUGCAUAUGCCCUACCCUGCAAACUUCUGCUCCAGUCACAUGAUCUGAACAAAGGACAGGAGGGAACAAAUGACAGGUCAGCACCAGAAGACAAGACCAAGACAGCUUGCAAUUUCCUCUACCUGAGUGCUAUCCCCACUGAGAUGUUGACAGGGCCGUGUGCUGUACAAAAGGCUGUGUCCUCCACCUUCAAGAUGGACCUGAGCACCAUCACACCCACCAUAGUCAACCUGAAGGUGUCACCCAAAGGUGUCACUUUGACAGACAUCCAGAGAAAACUUUUCUUCAGACGUCAUUACCCUGCACACAUGCUCAGCUACAGUGGUGAAGAUCCAGACAAGAGACUGUGGCACAAGAGUUCCAAACCAGCAAGGAUAUUUGGUAUAGUGGCAAAGGGCACUGAAGCAGGUAUGGAGAAUGUGUGCCACGUCUUCGCAGAAUACGACCCUCUUCAGCCCUGUAAUCAGACCAUUGAGUUGACACAGGGCAUAAUUUUCAAACCAUAACCUCACUCUGUCCAGUGUGGGAAGGUGAGAUAAGACAAUAUCUCCAGACUGAAUGUUGGAAGCUCUUUAUAUCACUUCCGUCAACAAGGGCGCCCAGAGCCAGACCUGAUACAGAUACUCUGAUGAGUCAAUUCUCUGUCCGUGUAUGCAGGUACGAGAUCCGAGUUAAAAGUACACAUAAAUGAAUAGGGCCUGAUUUUUGGGGGAUUUAAAAAAAACAUUUUAAUACAAAAUAAAUCCACUGAGUAAAUCUAACAUCCCGAUUCUCGAGCUGCAACACGCAGACAUGUACGGAGUUUGUGUCAACAGACAUGGAGAUGAAUACAUAGUUAUUCGAUGUAGCUACCCCGUGUCUGCCCCUCCUCCUGUUUGUUGUGAUGCUGUGUUUGCUGACUGUCAGCUGUACGUAAACACAUGGACAAAUCCCUUUUCGACUCCGUGUGUUGUAGAAAGGUAAACACUAAUUGUCUCAAGCUAACGUUAGCGGACAUAAGAUGGACAUUCAGUGGGCUCUAAAGUGCCAGCAGUUCACUCGCAUUUGCUAGUGAAAGAAAUUAAAUGCAAAUAUGAAAAAUAACUAGUCGCAUUUGUGCGAGUGUGAUAUACAUUUAAUUCUGCGUCCCAUUAGUUGUAUUUUCCACGUAACAUUACGAAGAUCACGCAACCUGAUAGUCUGUAACUGUAAUUAUGAUUAUUAUUAUUUUUUUAAUCGUGGAUAAGACGUUUGUUCAUUUUGUACCUAAACAAAUAAGUUGUUAUUAUUUGUUUAAUAAAAUAUAAAACAAAUUCCAAGAAUAAAGGCCCUUUGUGUGUUCUUUCUAAUUAGAUAUUGUUAGUGACUUUUACCAUAGGUGUAAAUGGAAUGCUGUCAAGAAAGAAAGUAUUCCAACCUUGUAUAGACUUGAUUUGGGACAAUUCUAUAAUUGCGAUCAGACUCACAAACAGCGCGCGCAUGAACAUGCGGGGGAAGGAAAACCCCAAUUCGGCGCGUGCUACGCGCGCGAGUUGAAUCUCCAAUUUGCCGCGCGCGUCUGGUACUCUAAAACGUUGGAUAGGGUUGGCAGGUCUGCAACAGUGAUUCCUGUAGCAUGUUGCAGGUCUGAUGACCCACUGAGCCCAAAAAGCUUCCUUGGUGUCCGUUCAUGAAAAUGUGGUACCCCCAAUUAAUUUCAUACAAGGUAGGAAGAUACUGUAGAUUUCAAAAUCGAUAUGUCAUAUAGAUGUUACAAGCUAUAUCAUGGUAUAGUUUGGAUGGGAAGGGUUACACAAAGUACACUACUGAUGUACUGUAGAUCAGUACCUUAUUUAAUAGUCAACCCCUGAUUAUGUGGAGGGCACAGUAACUGGAGCUCUCUUCAUUUCUACAGGAAACUGAUAAAUCUGUAGUAGUUAUCUAACGAGGUUGAAAAGCACUAGAGGUUCAUUAGAUAAGUAGAGAUAUCCUCCCAGGGACAAAUUCUAACUUGAGAUCCAUGUGUCACUUGCAUUUUGGCACAACUCUCCCAUUUACACUAAUGCAUGAGAAAAUGCGAGUUAUGGGCAUGCAAGUUAGAAUUGGGCCCUAAUAUGGGUAAUUUGAUUAUGUAUAGCCUAUUGCUAUGUUAAUGACAAUAAUUAUAUUUUUUCCUGCACUAACUUUAUCAUAUCUAUUUUGUCACAUGUUGUAUAUUAUUGUGUAUUGAAUACAAAACGUAUCUAUUUCAUAUUUUGUCAUAUUUAUUUUAUAUUUAGGAUAAUAAUAAACUUAAAGUGACAAGAA